CUCUUCGCCUGGAACAUUGAUGUGGUUAAUGUCACUCUCGCCUGGCGCUGGAGGAGGGGAACUAGUCGGGGAUCCAUUCGGGGACAGAUCUGAUGGCGACGGAGCCACCGGAGACGGAGGAGAAGCUGGAAGCGGUGAAAAAUCAGGAGAUCCAACCGGAGAAGGAGCGAGUGCCAGAGAAGAAGUAUCGCCCGAUUCAGGCGCCGGCACAGGUGACAACUCCCGCGACUCCGAAGCGAACGCGAAGUGGAUAAGUGACAAGAACAAAACAGCAGCAAAUUCAGGCUUCACCAUGGCUAGAUCUGAAAAUGAAUUCUUGGAUAAGAGUGCAAAGGAAGUUUGUGAAGAUCGCAAAAACCCUUGAACUUUUUCAACAGAAAGUGACAAGCCCCUGAAACGAAGAAGUUGAGGAGCUUAAGAAGUUGUGAACGCGGCUUGGAAGAGGACAAUUUUCAGUCAACCGACCAAAAACCGUGGAACCGACCAAAAGGCAACAGCUGGCAGGUAUUUUACCG